AUGAGUGAUCAGGAGAGGGAGACAGAGGAGGACGAGGGAGGGGGCGCUUCAGACACGGCACCCAUGCUGCCCCGAAGGCUUCCUGACCACCAGGCCUCAGACCUGAUGUCCCCAGGGUGGGCAGGCCUGGCUGCCCAAGGCCUGGGGGUCCUGCUGCUGCCGGGUCGGGCCCUGGCUGGGCUCGUGCUCCAUCUGCUGCUGCCCGCAACCGUGUUCCUGCUGCUGCUGCUGCCCGCAGCCACCACUGUGUACCUGGGAUUCCUGUGCCACUCGAGGGUCCACCCGGCGCCCCGCCCCGCGUGCCGCGCGCUGCUGUCCGACCGGGGCUCCGCGGCGCUCAUCGUGUCGGGAUUCCUCUCGCUGCCUCCGCUGCUGGUGCUCGCUUCGGCCGCCCGCGCCCGCCUGGCCCGACGCCUCCGCUCGCUGCUGCCACCCCCGACCUGGAGUCCCGGACCCCGCCGCCACCUCGAUGGGGAGGAGCAGCUCUAAGCCUGGGUGUGACCCCAGAGGCCUCUCCAAAUCCCGGAGGCCCCCGAACUCCCCCCGUGUCCCCUAUCGGUGGCUCCAGGCUGGUGAGCUCAGGGUCUGCGUCCAGGUCCCGGCCGGGAAAUCCCGUGCGUGCCGCGCGGCCCCGUGCGCGGUGCUCCGAGGGGCCGCGAGGUGGCACCGGACUCCCCCGGACCGGGGCGGCCCUCCCCCACCCUCACCGGCCUCCGCAGUCCCCGCAGCCGCCGAGGGGCUGGGACGCCCCCAGAGAACAGGGAGAUGACUCUCGGAGAAGGGGCGCGUGGCCAGGCUCGGAGAGAGGCGGCCUGCCUGGCUUCUGCCACUGUGGCUGUCCUGGGCCCCUGUGCACCGACAACGGGCAGUCCCUGCGGGCCCCCUGUCUGGUCCGGCAGCGGCCUCCAGCGAGUCCCAGAGGUGGGGAGACUUCCACGCUCCACGGUUCCAGAACUUCAGCGGCCAGAGCACUAGGGCGUGCAGGGCUCAGCCCGAGACCCGGGUCAGCGUUUAGAGUGAGGGCUCUGUCUGUUCUCUCUGGAUAAUUUUAAGAUCUUUUCCGUCUUUUGCUUUCUGUGCUUUUAAGCAUGUUUGUGGUUGUGGCUGUGUUCUUAUUUAUCCCCUUGGUACACACGGUGUGUCCCGUUUCUACAGAUUCACAUCUUUCGUCAGUUCUGGGGAAUUCUCAACCAUUAUUUCUUCAAUUCUGCCUCAUUCAUUCUACAUAUUCUUUCUUGGGAAACACCUAUUACGUGAACGCUUCCCAUUGUGCUUUUACCACUCAUGUCAGUUCAACUCUCGUCUGUGUUUUCCAUCUCCUUGUCUCCCAAUCCUGCGUUCUGGGCAAUUUCCUCAUCUCCCUCUUUGAGUUCACUAAGCACUAGCUGAGUCUAAUCUGCUGAUUAUCACAUCCAUUUAACUUAAAUUAUUAUG